UGGACGACACUGCGAAACAUGUCCUUCGCGACUCAUGUGAGGUCACUGCACUUCUAGCCUUGAAGAAAUGUUUGCAAAGUCAAAUUGAUUAUUCGGGUUAUCAAUAUCUGAGAUAAUUCCUGAGAAAACUACUCGGUGUUUUUCCGACUUCCCCGCAUUGACGUUUGACCACACCAUGGAUAAACCAUCAACGCCCAGAUUACCACUAUCAGCACGGGGUGUCGCAGACCCGAUUCCUUCGUCAUCUCCAGCAUUUGGUACUCCUGUGAAGCCAGUUCGAACUGGAAAAUCAAGUUCAUUGCACGCAAAACCCACCGUCUUACCCGUUCUUCUACCUCCGUCCAUCCUACGCCCUGUAGCUUUCAGGACUUUUACCAGGAAACACAACCUAACCCUUUCAUCAAAUGCACUACAAGUGCUGGCGACAUUUGUCGGACAAAAUUGCGGGUCAAAAUGGCGCGAAGAAGGCCUUGCCGAACGGCUACUCGACGAGGUGGCUAAGAUCUGGAGAAAGAACGGCGGUGGUGUCAUUGUGGAAGAGGGCAAUGGCACUUCCCUGCAAUCAAUUCUUCAGUCGAUAGAGAAUAAUAUGGUUAGCGGCAGAGUUACUCCUGGAAAAGUCACAGACCGAGAAGAUCGACCUAAAUUACAAAGAAACGGGACAGCAGCAACAGGCACCAAUACCACGAGCACACCUAUCGAAGAUGAGGACGAUGAUGCAGAGCAUAAUGACACUAGGAAAUGGAUCAAAACAAUUAGUGCGUUUGAACAGCCUCGCUUGACAUAUAACCCCACCAACAAACAUUUCGAAACAUCUACCACGAAGCCAUCCCUCCUUCCUCAGCCCUCUCAUCAGACUGCGUUCUGGAGAGAUCGACACAACCUGGUUCACCAGCGAUUAUUACGAAAUGAGUCUUUUCAAACUUCAUCUUUUGCAAGCAAUGUAACCCAGUCAUACAAGAUAUCUCCAAUCGUUAAUCUACUAGGGAGAAGCGGAUCACCACAUCUACUGGUAGGACUUUUAUCUUUGUCACCGACUGGAGAAUUAUCGCUUACCGACUUGACUGGGAGUAUUGUGUUGGAUCUUAGCCAUGCCCGACCUGUUCCUGAAGAUGGUGCCUGGUUUUCUCCGGGCAUGAUGGUACUAGUCGAUGGUAUUUAUGAAGAAGAGGAGAUAGUGAGAGGGUCUGUCCUAGGUGGGAAUGGGGGAAUAGGGGGAGCGAUAGGUGGCAAAUUCUUGGGGAUAUCGAUUGCUGGCCCUCCUUGCGAAAGACGGGAGGUUACUCUUGGACUCAGUAGUAUUCAUUCGAGUAGGGACAUCGGCACCAGCGGUGGGUUUGGCUGGAUCGACUUUUUAGGUGUUGGAAGCGAACGUGCUCAAGGCCAACGCAUGAGAAAACUUGAAAAUCGAUAUUUGCGCCACAAUACAAGCGGAGAAAGCGAGAAUAAUCGGAGAAAUAUGGUUAUCAUGGGCGAGGUCAACUUGGAUAACAUGAACACCUUUGACGCAUUAAGGCACGUGUUCAAGAUAUACAAUGCCUUACCCUUUGAAGAGUUACCUCUUGGCUUUGUUAUGAUUGGAAACUUCAUCGAGAAAGUUGGAUUUGGGCAAGGCAGUGGUGGGAAUAGCAUUGAGUAUAAAGAAUGCUUCGACACCCUGGCUUCGCUACUUUCCGAGUUUCCGGCUCUUUUGCGGCAUACGACAUUUAUAUUCGUUCCAGGAGACAGUGAUCCCUGGGCCUCUUCAUUCUCUACUGGUGCUGCCAGCCCUAUUCCAUGCAAACCCAUCCCAGAGCUAUUCACUUCCAGAGUAAAGCGUGCUUUCACCGUGGCCAACAACGAAUAUGAUGGCUCCAGCACAAAUUCUAUACCGGGUGAGGCCAUUUGGACAUCAAAUCCCGCACGAGUUUCUAUUUUCGGCCCAGUUCAUGAGAUUGUCGUGUUCCGUGACGACAUUUCGGGCCGAUUACGACGUAGUAGUGUGACUUUUAGCGAGCGUGCUUCACAGCCGGAAGGGACAGAUCAUUCCAACCUUGCCGGAAUGUCAGUUGACGACACCGUCAUGAAGGAUGAUGCAGAGGAUAAAAAUUCGGAAUCGCCUUCUGUCCUUGCUACCAGAAAAUUGGUGAAGACUGUUUUAGACCAGGGAAAUCUAUCUCCAUCCCCCUUGACAUCGCGGCCGGUUUUAUGGGAUUACGCUUCUUCUAUCCAACUAUACCCCCUUCCGACCGCUCUUGUCCUUGCUGAUAGCGAGUCACCCGCCUUUGCAAUUACGUACGAGGGCUGUCAUACUAUGAAUCCUGGAAGAUUACUAUCAGAUGGCAAGCGGGGUCCUGCGACAUGGCUGGAAUACGAUGUCUUGAAGAACCGUGCGAGGGUCAGGCAAAGGGGGAAUUAGAUUAGAAUAAUUUGAUGUGGCAAUGAGAUUUUAGAUUUGUUUUAUGUAGCAUGUGAACUGUUUGUGAAGCUCAAGUCAUAUAAGCGUGCAUCUUCUAGUAAUGAUUUAGCCUUGUGUUUUUCGUACAGAUUUAUUGUUUCCGGCGACGUUUGUGAUAUGGGACGCUGAGCCGACUGUAGAAAUUUUGCAGUUUAUGACACUAUUUACUUCGAUAAGAGAUGUGCAAGGGCGCAAAGAACAAGGCUAAAGUUGCUUAGAAGUAUCCUGGACAGAAUGCUAGAAGAGUAUAUAAUAGACUAUUUCCUAACCCAAACUCCACUUCGAUGUAUAAGCAAGCAGUUACUGUAGAGAAAACCGGUCAUUCCCAUCAGCUAAAGUCACCUAUGUAGAACUAUUAACAUUGAAUUAGAGAAAGAUGCA